UUCAGACGAGCAACAACAACGUCAGAAUCAGCUGCCCAAAAUAUCUCUAUUUCCACACUCAAUGGCUGCACGUUGGAGCAGCGAACAUGUUGUCGUUGAGCUUAAGGACCUGCAGGCCGAUGUUAUGGCAGUGGAUUGUCAGGGAGAAUGGGCAUUGUUGGCUGGGAGAAGGGUCUUGGCCCUGGCUAACUUAAAGGCAUCAUCUCCUGCUGAUUCUGUGAAGAAGAUUCCCCGUCAGAGCAAGUGGCUAGUCAGCUGUGUGCAGUGGAACCCACACCGAGAAAACGCUAACCUGUUCGCCACAGCCACAAACCAAAGGGUGGAUGUUUGCUCAUUUGCUGAUAGACAAGGAACACAGUUUUGCUCUUUAAAAGCACACACACGAAAUAUAAGUGGCCUGGACUGGUCUCCGUUUGACACCAACUUGAUAGCUACUUGUUCAGUCGACACAUUCACCUAUCUGUGGGAUAUCAGAGAUCCCAAAAAGCCAUCAUCUGCUUUCCAAACUGUGGCUGGUGCAGCUCAGGUCAAAUGGAACAAGAAAACCAGGAACCUUUUUGCCACAACGCACGAAGGUGACAUCCGAAUAUGGGACCCAAGAAAAGGGAAUGCCCCUCUACAGUAUAUAGCAGCUCACCUUUCAAAGAUCCAUGGUUUAGACUGGAACCCUAACACAGAGAACAACCUGAGCACAUCCAGUCAGGACUGUACUGUCAAGUUCUGGGAUGUAACGAGUCCGCGACGACCUGAAGGCGUCUUAUCGUCAGGCUCCCCAGUUUGGAGGGCUAGAUACACACCCUUUGGGCAGGGCCUAGUCACUGUGGUUGUGCCUCAAUUAAGACGGGGAGAAAACAGCCUGCUGUUGUGGAACACGAAUAACCUCACACAACCUGUGCAUACAUUUGUUGGACACACAGAUGUUGUUCUGGAGUUUCACUGGAGGAAGCAGCCAGCAGGUGCCCGGGAACAUCAGUUGGUAACGUGGUCACGUGAUCAGAGUCUGAGGAUUUGGAGGAUAGAACCUCAACUUCAGAAGCUGUGUGGUCACACUGUCGUGGAUGAUGUAGGCGAUGGUGAUUCCCAGCCUGUCUCAGAAGCCAUUGAGAUGAGAGCGCCACCUAGCACCCUAGACUUGAGGGACAGAAGGGAAGAAGAGCUUACUCCACCUCUGUCACCUCUCCAUUUAAAAACAGAAGGAGAGACUGCUACUUCUCCCCAGCAGCCCAGAACAUUGCAGCAGGAGUUUUCUUUGGUCAACAUAGAUAUCCCCAAUGUGUCCGUUGAGAUGAAUGCUGCCUCACGGACCUGCAAGGUAGUUGCUAUGAGGGGAAUUAAUAUAGUCUACCUACUGAUGACAUUUCCAGUCAACUACCCAAACACUGCCGCCCCAGCAUUCCAGUUUCUGCCCACCACAUCCAUUGAUAAAUCUACACAGGCCAAGCUGGGCAAGGCACUAGAGGAGGUUUCUCAUCAGCAUGUGAAAAGGAACCGGUCCUGUCUGGAACCCUGUCUGCGUCAACUCAUCGCCAGUCUGGACAACCUCACGUCUGAGGAUCGGAAGACACCGGACUCUGACACGCCGUUCGGCCUGCCGACCUCCUUACCUGUGAAACAGCAUCAGUUACCAUCGUACAUGUCGGUCUACAGCUACGGCAAUUAUCAGGAUUCCUUGGUCCCGUUCCCACGCACCAGUGGCGCGCGCUUUUGUUCAAACGGUGCUCUUGUGUGUUUUAAUCGGCCAACAGACAUGAAGAGAGUCUCCGGCAGCAAUAGUGACAUCACACCCAGAGCUCUUGUGACCUUGUCUGCCUACACUCAGCCCCCUAUAAAUGUGAGAACCCCGCAGACAACAGUUCCUUACACCAUGAAGCUGGGUUAUUCCAUGGCCCGCAGUCCACCCACAAACAAUGAUUUGGUGUCCAUAAGUAACUUUUACACCUACCGGGACAAGAAACCAAGACCUCGAAGUCGAUCAAAGCUACGUGAGAAGGAUGCAGAGACAAGAAAGUCGCAGUCUGGGGUUACAGUGAAGAAACCAAGCAAAGUGGGAAUAGUUCGUGUAUACGACAUCUCAAGGCUGUUAACUGUGCACAAACAGCUUGCUGAAGAAUACAAAUUGUCAGAUGAUGUGGAAUCCAUGUGCAGCCAUAAUGCCAGUGUGGCUGCAGCAUUUGGCAGGAAGGAUCUAGUACAGGUAUGGAAUUUAGUGAACUUGAGUUGCAGUAAGACAUUGUCUCCAGACCUGACAAAUCCAGACAAAGGGCCACCCUGGGCAAGAAACCCUUUUGGCAAACAGAUGAUCAAAUCUUUAAUGGAGCAUUACUGUAGAGUACAUGAUGUGCAGACCCUGGCCAUGUUGAGCUGUGUGUUCUGGACCAGAGAGGACAGUCAGAAGGCAUCAACACAGUCUGCCAAGCUCUCUCAGGAUACUCUGCCCCCUAGUAAUGAGGUUUACACACCUUCCUCUCCACAACUGGAGCUCACACUAAAUGGAUGGAACCUGCUGCCCACGCCCCCUCACUCAACUGUGGUUCCCUCGGAGGUUGCUUCCAAUCCUUAUAUCGGGAACAUCCAGCUCCCGGCCAAGCCUCAGCCUACCUCCCCAGCCACAAUGAAGCUGCGCCGCUCCAACAGCUGGUCAGAUUCCUAUGAGGAUUACAGAUUUGUCGAGGACUUCAAGGAUCCUGAACAAGUCGAGCGAGAGCAACAUGAAAACUCUUGCAGGCUGUUGGAUUUAGCCCAGUACCAGCAGUAUGACAGUUACAAACGAGCGUAUGCAGACAUCUUGUACCGGUGGGGACUGAGGAAUCAGAGUGCUGAGAUACUAAAACACAUCAGUGUACCGCCUGAAGGACACAGGGGCAUAGAAUUUGGGGUGAUUUGUCAUUAUUGUGGACAGGAGAUUCGAGGAGCUCAGUGUGGGUCAUGUAAGAAUGCCGCUUUCCAGUGUGGUGUGUGUCAUACAGGAGUCCGAGGAGCUUCCAAUUUCUGCUUGUCGUGUGGCCAUGGUGGUCACACUCUCCACAUGCUGGAGUGGUUCCAGUCCCAUGAGUUGUGUCCUUCUGGCUGUGGAUGCCACUGCCUGGAGAGUAACCCGAUGGCAGACUCCUGACAGACGCUGAUAAAUGCCCUGCUGCUACAGCGAGCAGAUUGUACAUGAUACCUUCCAUGUUGUAUAUAUGAUACAGUCAUGUGUGUAGUACAUGUACAUUUGAGUUUGUGCCAAAUAACUUAUUUCCACACUUAAGCACCCCAUCACCUCAGCUUUUAUCACAAUCAUAAUAAACCAGAAAAGAUGUAUUAUUUUCUUCCGUGAGCCUUGCCCACUCAAUUUGAUUUCAUUGUGUUGAAUUAUUUUGCAGUCUACAUUCAGAGAUAUUCCAUUGUUUUGAGUCCUAUGAAUUCAUGUAAUUAAGUUUUUCUUUGACGAUGGGCUAAUACUCUUGACAAUGCAUCUCAUUAGGAAAAACAAAUAACAUCCAAUGUCAGUUUUUAGAAGGCAAACAUUUUCAUCAAAUAGUUCUGUUUGUGCAGAGAUUACUAAACCUUAAAAUAUGUAAAGUUGCAGUGUGUACUUAUGUGCCGUUUUGACUGCAUCGUAAUUCUACAAUUCAUUAUUUUAUGCAGUGAUAAUAUAUAUGCAUGUUUAUGUUAAGCAAACCUGUCGAUGGUCAUGGGAUUCGCCUGGGCAUUUACGAGUUUCCACAAUGCUGGCUGCUGUCGUAUAAGUAAAAUGCUCUUGAGUACAUCAUCAAACACCAAUGAAAUAAAUAAAUAAAUAAAUAAAUAAAUAUACUAAGCAAAAGCAGAAAUUAGCUUGAUGCCUUAAUGGAGCCCAACACUAAAGGGCGAAUGACACUCUGUGAUUGAAACGUAUGAUGUGGAAGAGGAGAAAGAGCAAUAUUAUCUUUUUGUCCUAACAAGAGAUUUAAUGUCUUUUUUUCUCAUUUUUUUUUUUUUUUGAAAUGAUUAUUUAGUGUACAAGUUUAUUAAUUUUGUCAUAUUUGGGAUUUUGUUAAAGAAAAGAAAACAGUUAUAUUCAGGAAGAUGGGUGGAAACAGAUCUGAACGGCUGCAGCUGUUCCUGAUGUGCUUAGUAAUACAUUAAAUCGGUUUAUGAUUGGAAUUCUUAUGAGGAUAUAGGAUGUGCCAUGUUACUUUAAAACAACCGGAAACACCAUGAAUGAUCACUAUUGGUAACAUGGCAGGGAUUUGGUUUUUCUGUGUGUGGGAUUUUGCUCACAUUGAACUGCAAUAUCUUGGUUAUGCAAAAUCACAAAGACAAAAAUUUAUGGUUUUUAAACUUCACAUGGGAUACUUUAUUAAUACAUAUAUACCCUUAGUCUGGUGGUGUGUGGUGGUGCCUGGUGCAACCAAGAAAGCUGACAAGUACAAAUUUUCUUUUUGUCGCAGGUGUUCAUUUCUUUGAUCAUUACUUGCAGAGUCUCAGUAGUUCAGAUUUUAACAGAUUUAUUAAGAAUCUAGGAACAUAAUGCUUUUUUGUCUUCACAUUCUUUGUCAUAUGUGUUUCAUAAAAUCCUUUUAAAAUAAUUUGGGUUCACAAUUUUAGUAUGGAGGUGUUUAGCAAAAUUUAAUGUAGUAAACAAAAUCCACCUAACUCCAGUGUGGAAUUUGUGUACACUAUGUAUAGCACAUUUUUGAGUGAGUUUUACUCCAAGUACCGCUAUGAUUAUGUAUGUUUAUUCAUUCCUGUAAAGUGUGAUUGUUUAUUUAUGUGCUUCCCACGUCUGUGAUAUCACAUGUACAAGGUAAUUUAUUUGCUAAUUAUAUGUAUAAACUGAACAUGACCUAGUCAAGUUAAAACUGCUGUGUCAUCAUUUAUAAGUCGCUCAUGAUUCAAGUGUAAAAGUUAUCUACCCUGAAAAGGUGCUUCAAGUCUAUGUAUCCACCAAUAAAGGCGGUGCUAUUUAAGCUUCUAUGAUUUUAUAAAACAGCUCAAAUGUCC